AUGCCUUGUGGGACAGCAGCAGGGCUGAGAAGCAGCAGCCAGAGGGCAGACAUGGCAUUGGUGUACUGUGAUCGCCCAGCCACAACUGCUGGGACUUUCACAAAGAACGUCCUCCGUGCGGCACCAGUGCAAUAUUGCCAGCAGCUGCUGUCCACUAAGCAUAUGUUCAGGGCGGUGUUGGGCAAUGCUGCCUCUGCCAAUGCAGCCACUGGAACUGCUGGGCUGGAGGAUGCGCAAUUGUGUGCACAGCACAUGGGGAAGGCUCUAGAAUUGGAGCCGAGCGAUGUGCUGCUGCUGUCGACUGGCCUCAUAGGUGCCAGGCUGGACGUCGACAGCAUGGUGGCCGCUGUCCCCAUCCUGGCCUCUAAUUUGGGCCAAGACCCAGACGAUGGGAUAAAAGCAGCGGUGUCCAUCACCACCACAGAUCUUGUGUACAAGUCUGCAGCCUUGGCUCUGGAUGUUGAUGGACAGACUGUGCAUGUUGGGGGACUCUGCAAAGGCUCGGGCAUGAUACACCCCAACAUGGGCACCAUGCUGUCAAUAGUAACAUGCGAUGCACCCGUGAAGCCCUCUGUGUGGCAAGCGAUGGUGUUGGAUGCCGUCAGCAACAGCUUCAAUAUGAUCAGCGUUGAUGGUGACACCAGCACCAAUGACACUGUGCUUGCUCUCACAAGCGGAGCGGUAGGCAUCCCCAUCAUUGAGGAUGCAACCAGUGACAGUGGUAGACGCCUGUCAAGUGCACUAACUGCACUCUUGCAGGGCCUGGCAAAGUCCAUUGCUUGGGACGGAGAGGGAGCCACAUGCCUGGUGGAGGUCCAGGUCACUGGGGCGAAGGACAGGUGCGACGCCCAAACAGUGGCCAAAUCCGUCGCAUCCUCCACCAUCACCAAGGCGGCCUUGUUCGGCCACGACCCCAACUGGGGCCGCAUAGCAUGCUCAGCGGGCUACUCUGGCGUCAGUUUUGACCCCAGCAGGCUGGACAUCCACCUAGGGAUCCAUGCCUUAAUGAAGAACGGCCAGCCUCUCGAAUUCGACAAAGAUGCGGCGAGCGCCUACAUGAAGGACAUUUGUGAGAAGAGGGGAACGGUCAUCAUCUCCGUAUCCAUCGGAGAUGGUUCUGGCUGUGCAACUGCGUGGGGCUGCGAUCUGAGUUACGAAUACGUUAGAAUCAAUGCGGAGUACACCACAUGA